CUUCAGCGUGUACUUUCAUGUCUAUGAAUAUCAAGUCAAGAUGAAGAUUUGUGUUAUUGGAGCUGGAGUUAUUGGAAUGUCUUCCGCUGUCAGAAUUCAAGAUAGAUACCCAAGUGCUGCCAUCACAAUUAUUGCUGAUAAGUUUUCACCGAAUACCACGUCGGACGGCGCUGGUGCUAUUUUUGAAGUGUUUGCUGUAGGUAAUACGCCUGUAGAUUUGCUGGAAAAAUGGGCCAACGAAACCUGGGAUCAUUUGAAAGAUAUGACUUUCUCCGUUGAAGCUGGUAGUGCUCGAGUUCAACAAGUAUCGGGAUAUUGGGCCACUGACUGUCUAGAUGAGUAUUCGCAAGUAAAUAUACAUGGAGAUGUUUCCAGUAGAGUUUUAACAAAAGAAGAGAUGAAAUUAUUUCCUAAGGCCAGAUGGGGACAAUUUUUCACAUCAUAUUUAGUAGAUUGUACUUCUUAUCUACCAUGGUUAAUGAAAAGAUACAUGGAUAGAGGUGGGAAGAUUAUAAAUAGAACUAUUCAAUCUUUAGACGAGCUAUAUCCGUUGUAUGACAUAAUCAUCGAUUGUUCUGGACUACGUUCAUAUCAGUUACUGGAUGAUAAAGAUGUGUUUCCUAUCCGAGGGGAAACUAUUCGGGUUCAUGCACCAUGGAUUAAACAUUUUUAUUCUCAAGAGAUUGGUGACGAGGUUACUUAUAUUUUACCAGGAUCCAAAAAUGUUGCAUUGGGAGGAACAUACCAGAAAGGUAACUGGAAUAAAUACUCUCGCCGGGAAGACAGGUUAGCUUUGUUCGAGAGAUGUUGUCAAAUUCUACCCAGUUUAAAAAUGGCGACUAUAGAUCACAGUUGGGUUGGUUUACGUCCAGGUAGAAAGAGUGUUAGAUUAGAGUUGGAACCUGCCUCACAACAUACCAAAUGCCGAGUUAUACAUAACUAUGGUCAUGGCGGAGCAGGUAUCACAUUACACUGGGGGUGUGCUCAAACAGUUGUCGAUUUACUACAAGAUAUUACAAACAGUACAACAGUUAAUUCUAAGCUAUAAACUUACUAGGGUUACCUGGCCGACGUUGUACUCGUGACUGCCGCACAUCGUUUUGAUUUUGACUUAAGAAUUUGUCAGAAGAAUAAAGGAUGGUCUGGAAAGGUUCAGUCUAGAAUAAAAUGGUAUAUAAUCUAGAAUGCGUUUCAUGAUGAUUUCCAUAAUAACGCAACAAUCAUUAACUGUCAAUUUCAUCAUCAAAUGCUGUACCAAAUACAA